CUAUAUGUUCCUGUGAGGUCUCCCCAACUUAAUUAAUCCGUGAUUUCAUGUAUGGAAGGAAGAUAAAGCAACUGGGUGUAGUGGCUGGAAGAGUAAGAGGUGAAGAAGCAAGGAGUUAUUCCUUCUUUCUCCUUGCUUAAGGAACCCCAGAGAAUGAGUCUGUCAAGAGUUCAGCCUUCAGCCCCCUGUACUAUGAGUGGUAGAAGAUGAAGGAGAAUCUAACAAGGCAACCAGGUGAAUCCUAAAAAGGCAGACUGACUGCUUACUUCAGCACUGCUGGAAUUAAUUACCACAGCUGCCAGUGGAAAUCAAAGAAAACGAAUGUGACAUUUCUGGAGGUGGACAACGGUGAAGCUCGUGCGUGGAGUGCAGCAGUAAAAUCAGACGACAGAUGGACAGUGUGACAAGAGUGUCGGAAAGGAUUGGGCCUCGCUGUGAGAAUCAGCCCGGAGUCAAAGUGUUGACAAGUUGCUGAAAAGCAAACCAGUGGGAAGACUGUGGCCCGCAGAGGAAGUGGAGUCCUGACUUCAGUCAUACCAUUGAUGGAGGACAGAUGGACAGCCGGAUGGCCAGUCGCCUCUCCUCUUAAACCUGUGGAGAGCUGUCCUUUGUCUUCUGCCGGACACACAUUAGGAAUCUUACUACAUCCUCUGAAUUCACUGUUCAUAGAAACGUAAAGUAAGGCUGCGGCGUGUAACCAGACUCGCCUGGUGCAUGGUCACAGAUCCACAAACAUGAGUGCCGAAGGGUACCAGUACAGAGCGCUGUACGAUUAUAAAAAGGAGCGAGAGGAAGAUAUUGACUUGCACUUGGGUGACAUAUUGACUGUGAAUAAAGGGUCUUUAGUAGCUCUUGGAUUCAGCGAUGGACAGGAAGCCAGACCUGAAGAAAUUGGCUGGUUAAAUGGCUAUAAUGAAACCACAGGGGAGAGAGGUGACUUUCCAGGAACCUAUGUAGAAUAUAUUGGAAGGAAAAAAAUCUCGCCUCCCACACCAAAGCCCCGACCACCUCGACCCCUCCCUGUGGCACCAGGUUCUUCGAAAACUGAAGCAGACAGUGAGCAACAAGCUUUGACUCUUCCGGAUCUUGCAGAACAGUUUGCUCCUCCUGACAUUGCUCCACCUCUUCUUAUCAAGCUAGUGGAAGCCAUUGAAAAGAAAGGUCUGGAAUGUUCAACUCUAUACAGAACACAGAGCUCCAGCAACCCAGCAGAAUUACGACAGCUUCUUGAUUGUGAUGCCGCGUCCGUGGACUUGGAAAUGAUCGAUGUGCAAAUUUUAGCAGACGCUUUCAAACGGUAUCUCCUGGACUUACCAAAUCCUGUCAUUCCGGUAGCCAUUUACAGUGAAAUGAUUUCUCUAGCCCCAGAAGUACAAAGCUCCGAAGACUAUAUCCAGCUGUUGAAGAAACUCAUUAGGUCGCCUAAUAUACCUCAUCAGUAUUGGCUUACGCUUCAGUAUUUGCUAAAACAUUUCUUCAAGCUCUCUCAAAUCUCCAGCAAAAAUCUUUUGAAUGCAAGAGUACUCUCUGAACUUUUCAGCCCUCUGCUUUUCAGAUUCCCAGCAGCCUGCUCUGAGAAUACGGAACACCUCAUAAAAGUUGUAGAAAUUUUAAUCGCAACUGAAUGGAAUGAACGACAGCCUGCACCAGCACUGCCUCCCAAACCACCAAAACCCACUACUACUGUAGCCAACAACGGUAUGAAUAACAAUAUGUCCUUACAAGAUGCUGAAUGGUACUGGGGAGAUAUCUCGAGGGAAGAAGUGAAUGAAAAACUUCGAGAUACAGCUGACGGAACCUUUUUGGUACGAGACGCAUCUACUAAAAUGCAUGGUGAUUAUACUCUGACACUAAGGAAAGGAGGAAAUAACAAAUUAAUCAAAAUAUUUCACCGAGAUGGGAAAUAUGGCUUCUCUGACCCAUUAACCUUCAACUCUGUGGUUGAACUAAUAAACCACUACCGGAAUGAAUCUCUAGCUCAGUAUAAUCCCAAGUUGGAUGUGAAAUUACUUUAUCCAGUAUCCAAAUACCAACAGGAUCAGGUUGUCAAAGAAGAUAAUAUUGAAGCCGUAGGGAAAAAAUUACAUGAAUAUAACACUCAAUUUCAAGAAAAAAGCCGGGAAUAUGAUAGAUUAUAUGAAGAUUAUACCCGUACUUCCCAGGAAAUCCAAAUGAAAAGAACAGCUAUUGAAGCAUUUAAUGAAACUAUAAAAAUAUUUGAAGAACAGUGUCAAACCCAGGAGCGGUACAGCAAAGAAUCCAUAGAAAAGUUUAAACGUGAAGGCAACGAGAAAGAAAUACAAAGGAUUAUGCAUAAUUAUGAAAAGUUAAAGUCUCGCAUCAGUGAAAUUGUGGACAGCAGAAGAAGAUUGGAGGAAGACUUGAAGAAGCAGGCAGCUGAGUACCGGGAGAUUGACAAACGUAUGAACAGCAUUAAACCAGACCUCAUUCAACUUAGAAAGACAAGAGACCAAUACUUGAUGUGGCUGACACAGAAAGGGGUCCGGCAAAAGAAGUUAAAUGAGUGGCUGGGCAAUGAAAACACGGAAGACCAAUAUUCGCUGGUAGAAGACGAUGAGGAUUUGCCCCACCAUGAUGAGAAGACCUGGAAUGUCGGGAGCAGCAACCGAAACAAAGCUGAAAACCUACUGCGAGGGAAGCGAGACGGCACUUUUCUCGUCCGGGAAAGCAGUAAACAGGGCUGUUACGCCUGUUCUGUUGUGGUGGAUGGCGAGGUAAAGCAUUGUGUCAUAAACAAGACAGCGACCGGCUACGGCUUUGCCGAGCCUUAUAACUUGUACAGCUCCCUGAAAGAACUGGUGCUACAUUACCAACACACCUCCCUCGUGCAGCACAACGACUCCCUCAACGUCACACUAGCCUACCCGGUAUAUGCACAGCAGAGGCGAUGAAGCGCUGGCCCUCGGAUCCUUCUCCUGGAGUUCACACACCCUGAAACCUCUGGAAAGCACAGGGCUUCUCUCCAGCCUGACCUGUGAAUUGAGCUGCAGAAACGAAGCUGUCUGCCUUCAGAUGGGACUCGAGCUUUCUUCGACAAAAAGUAGUAGGGGAAGACAAGCAGCCUCACGCUGCUGUGCCGUGACCAUACGUUUCUAAUCCGGAUUGCUUACCCUUUUUUUCCAAUUUUUUUUUUUUGGGGGGGUUUAAUUUAAAGCCACACCACCACAAAGAGAAAAAGAAAUGCAAAAAUCUCUGCGUGCAGGGACAAAGAGGCCUUUCACCAUGGUGCUUGUUAAUGCUUUCUGAAGCUUUACCAGCUCAAAGUUGGGACCUUGUAGACCUCGGAGGGUGGAUGGGCUGAAGAGCCCUGCCUGGGAUGCUCGGUCCAGCCUGGUUUAGCCUGGGUGUUGCUGUGCACGGUGGGCCCAGACACAUCGCACUGUGGAUUAUUUCAUUUUCUUAACAAAUGAAUGAUAUGUAGCAGAAAGGCACUUCCACUCACAAGGGACACUUUGGGAGAAUGUCAACUCACGUAUGUUCAAAGAGAAUUCUGUUGUAGCAAAGUGCCAGAAAGUGUUGUUUAAACUUUUCCAAAAAAAAAAAAACCCACCAACAAGGAAAUGAGCUUGGAAAACCAGACUUAAAAUGACAUUCAGUAUAUAAAAUAUGUACAUAAUAUUGGAUGACUAACUAUAAAAUAGAUGGAUUUGUAUCAAUACCAAAUAGCUUGUUUUGUUUUGCUGAAAGCUAAAUUCACAGUGCUAUGCAACUCUUAAUUUUUAUUAAGUUGUUCUCUCAGUUUCAAAUAUACCUUCAGAAUAAGCUUCCCCACCCCAGUUUUUGUUGCUUGAAAAUAUUGUUGUCCCUGAUCUUUUUGUUAAUAUUCGUUUUUGUUAUUUUUUUUUUAAGAAGAAAUGUACAGGAUGCCAGUAAAAAAAUGGCUUCAGAAUUAAAACUAUGAAAUAUUUUACAGUUUUUCUUGUACAGAGUACUUGGCUGUUAGCCCAAGGUUAAAAAGUUCAUAACAGAUUUUUUGGACUAAAUGUUUUGUUGGGCAGUGCCUGAUAAGCUUCAAAGCUGCUUUAUUCAAUAAAAAAGAAAAGAUAUAUGAAUAUGACAAAGUAUCGCUAAGUUCGACAAUGUUGUUUCAAGACGUAAAAUACGGUACCUGACAAUGUUUGUUUCCUAAAGAAUUGUGAACUUCUUGAAUCUAGGGAGGGGGGACGUAGCAAUGGGGUGUACAGGUGGGAUGUUGGGGAGGGGUGGCAGGGUGGUAUGCACUUUCUCAAGAUGACAGAGAAGAAGUGAAUUACUGCAGAGCAAAGUUGCUUAUACUUCAGUCUUUUCCCAUUUUUUGAUCUUCUAGUUAUUAGCAAUUGAGGACAACUACACCAAGCGACUAUAACUAACACAGGCAGCUGGUCAGAAAUUUCAGCCGGCAGGGGCAAGUUAGGCUCCAAGAACCACGUUCACCUUUGUUUGCAAUGUUGAUUUAAAGGUAUACCCUGCAUCUAUCAACCUUCUCUUAAACAUUAGGCUACCCAUUACAACCGACCGACAGUCAUUUUAGAAAAGGCAUGAUCUGACAUUCGAUUUUAGCUUUCUUUUCUUAGCUUUCCAUUCGAUUUAGACAAUAAGGCAAAUAGACAUGAUGGUAACCACUACUGCUCUGGGCUGGGCGGCGCUUGUUACAGGCACGGCCAUCGCGGCGACGCCACGACGGCCCGUCCCACCAUCCAGAUCACCGUGUGUUACACUGUGAGGGUGAGGAGAGAGAUGUUGGGUCCGCUUUCCAGUUUAGGGCAGCAGUGCGAGGUCACUCUCCCUGAUUCACACAUGCAAAAGCCUUUCUGUUCGGUGGAAGUUGCACAGGUGUUGGGAAGAAUAAAAUAGUCAUGGACACUCCCCUGUAGAUUAAAGUGGAAUCUCCCAAUUUCAGUUCCUUUCUCAAUACUAAACAGACUCACCCACAGCUUGCUUGCUUUUCCCUUCCAUUACUGGGGCAAGGGUGGUUUGUUUUGUUUUUUUUUUUUUUCCUAUUGUUCCCUUUUAAUUUCUUUGAAAGAAUCAGUCUAGCAGCUGACUUAGCUGUAGAAUGUAGUUUUUCCUCUUUACAUGAAGCUACACAUACUCAAGAGCAAUAGUCAGUCUCACAGCCAGACUGUCGGCCCUCAAACUUGACUGUACUGAUCUGACCAUCUAGCUCCCUCUCAUCUCCAGACAAUUGAUUUCCCUGCUUUUAGUCUGUGAGUGUCUGCUUUACAACUCCCCUUCCAUGUCACACAGAGAUCUAACAAUUAAUUACUUUAGUUAAUAGCAGUUUAUGAACUAGUGUUGGGUUCUUUUGUUUUUUUUGUGGUAGCACAUCCAUGUAUGCCAUUGAAUAUAUUUUUCAUUUAAUUUCUAAAAAGUAAGACCUGAGAUGGAAUGUUUCAUUAAGAGCUACAGUUUUGUAAUGUUUUUGCAUUGGCACUUCACGAGAUGCCACGGUAUUCAGGCACUUGCCUUACUUUUGCAUCUCAAGUAUAAAUGCAAUAGACUUUCCUUUAAACAGCCAAGGCAAGAUUCGUCAUUCCUUAUCACAGUGAUUACACCAUCCAUGUGAUGUGACCCCGCUGCCAAAUGCCUUUCUGAAUGCGUGUAGCAUGCCCGCCCCACCUGUCACUCGAGAUGUUUCACCCGCAGGUUCAGGCUUUAGGUUCAGACUCCUAACAGUAUUGUCGGAGUGGCUCAGGAGCAAGAACGACGACAGCAGAGCACUCCUGAUACAUGUUUUUAUCCAUGCAUUGACUUUCCCACCCGUGUAGUGUCCUACAUGUCAGAAGCUAAGCUGCAGAGAGGCUGUAAUAGGGCUGUAGAAGUGGGAGCUUUGGCACCUGAUAGCACACACGAGAAAAAUCACCAUGUGGAAAGGCAAAAAGCAUAUGCUUGCAACAUGUGACAACUUCAUGGCCCUUUAUCUGUAUAUAUGUAUAUGUGCAUGGACUGUGUUCCCAGGACACCUCAGCCGAAAUGAUUCCACAGUCGUUGAGUUCCAGUACAUAACAAGCAAGUGUCUAGUACAAGUCUUGUAUAUGUGUAUGGGUUGUUGCCUUCCUUUGAAGUUGCUUUGUUUUGUCUUAUAAAGGUGAAAUUGUUUGCAAGUGAAGUGAGAAGUUCAUAAUUCUUUGGCUUUUUUCUGUUUUUAAAAGUUACUCCUUUGGGGGAGCUGGUCUGGAUGACUUGCUUUACUCGGAAAUCCUCCUUAUCAGUGUGUCGAGUCAAAAUGUGUUUAUGUGAGCCGUCACUGUGGGGAACCAAUUGCUUUGUCAUAUACCUGGUUAUGAACUAGUGAUGUGUUUGGGAAGUCCUACUGAUGUUCCUUAUUGGGAGAAAAAUUCUGCUGGUUUUAACAACUGUGCUUUUGCUAUGCAUGGUGUCCACGUCGGUUGGAAGGCAGACCCUGAGAUUUGAGUUCAGGGUCAUUUAAGAAAGGGGCAGUUGAAAGCACAAUGCCUCACAUGGGACAAAGUUCCAAUAUGCCAAAUUACUAUCUUUUUUUAGAUCUACUUACAUAAAUACUAGUAUUACGAGGAGGGAGGAGACAGAAUUGGGCUCAUUGGAAACACUAUCCAAGUUAACAUUAAACUUGUCACCAUGAGAUAGCAUUAGCUGCCCAGGAUGCUGCUAUUAAAAAAAAAAAAAAAAAAGCAAAACAAAAAAUCUCAUUUAUAUGUGUGUAUUUUUUAAAGCUACAAUCUGUUCAAUGUUUUUACAAAUCUGUUUAUAUGACAUUGUUAAAAUAAAGUUGGUCUUUUGACGAGAGGGAGGAUGUCAUGGUCAGUCGUAAUUUUGCCUUUACAAGGCAACUGGGGUGGGGGGUGGGGGGAGUGUGCCUCCUUGACAUUUUGUUCAAGCUAUAGAUGCAAUGGAGCUAUGUCUUUGUUGUUUUCAGUUGCUUUAAUGCAUUGUAUUAGGUCUUCAAAUAGAAUAAAGAUUGU